AUGGCACCGCCUAAACAAAUAUUCAAGUGCAUUGGCAUCGCUGGGGCGGGGAAUAUGGGGGCUACUAUGGCCUUUGGAUUUGCCGAGAAGGGAAUCAAGGUAUCGCUCUGGGACGCCAAAGCUGAAAACGUCGAUAAUGUGAUGAGCAAGGUCGAGGGAGAAAAGGGAGUUCAAGAAAAUAUCAGGCCGUUUAACGACAUUCACGAAUUUGUGAAGAGCGUUGAUGUGGCCAUUGACUCGGACGGAAGGGGUCGUCGACCGUUCAUCUUCUCGAUCACUCACGGCUGGCCGGUGGAUUCUGUCCUAGGCCUAAUGAUGGACGACCUGGAGGAUGGAGAUAUCAUACUUGAUGGGGGAAAUGAGAAUUAUCGAAACACCGAGCGAAGACAGGAGGAGCUGGAGAAGGAGGGCGUUAGUUGGAUUGGAAUGGGCGUGUCGGGAGGAAACCACUCGACGAGAAAGGGGCCCAGCUUAGCGCUUGGAGGAGACGCUCAAGCUAUCCGUGUGGUGAUGCCGCUGCUGAAGGAAUUUGCGGCACAGGAUCCUCGGACAGGCGAAUCGUGCGUGGCCAAUAUCGGCACAAGAGGUGCAGGCCACUAUGUCAAAAUGGUCCAUAAUGCAAUUGAGAAUGGGAUGCUAUCCUCCAUCUGCGAGGCAUGGGCGCUGUUGCACUACGGGUUGGGCAAAUCGUACGAUGAGAUAGGCGAGAUAUUCGAGAGCUGGGACUCAGAGGGCCCGCUGAGGAAUACAUUCCUUGUGCAGAUUGGAUCCAGCAUUUGUCGUGAGAAGAAGAAGAAGAAGCAGUCCGGUGAGAGGAAGUCUGAGAAAGUUGACGAGACUUAUAUACUCGACGAAAUGCAUGACGCAGUAGGGGAUGGAGACGAUGACACCGCAGGGACACUCUACUGGUCUGUAAUGGAGGCUGCAGACCGACACGUCUCUGCCCCAAGCAUUGCAGCCGGCCAAUUCCUCAGAGUCUCUAGCAGGAACCGAAAACAGCGACUCAGGGUGGCUCAGAAACUCAGCAUUGAGCCUCCAAAGAAACUCAAGCAUAUCCACGACGUCCCGACCUUCGUCGAACAGCUUCGAGACGCAACUUAUAUCUCCAUCCUAUCCUCGUUCUGUCAGGGGCUAGAGCUCAUCGCACGCGGAUCCAAGGACGAGAAAUGGAAUAUAAAUCUAGGGGACUGUCUAAAGAUUUGGCGGGCCGGUUCCAUUAUCCAAGAAGAGUACAUAUCCGAUUUGCUGAUGCCGGCCUUGACAUCAGGCGCUCACAUCAUGAAUAUGAAGCUCAUCGAUGAAGUUGCUGCUGCUAUGAAGAAGAAUUUCGAUUCUCUGAAACAGGUCGUUUUGAAGGGCACAGAGUCUGAUGCAUAUAUACCUUCACUGUCGGCCAGCUUGGAAUAUCUGAAGUAUGAAGGAGCCAGGAUGCUGCCAACUCAGUUCAUGGAGGCCGAGCUGGCUUUCUUGAACGCUCAUCGUUAUGACUGGCCAGGUGUCAGGGGUUAG